CGAGCCCGCCCCAGCUAGUCUAUCUUGUGACCGCGGCGGCCGCGGCUUCCUUCCUCGCGUUUGGAGCCUGCUCAGCUGCGAUGCGUUCCUUGGCCGCCGCGUUCCUGCUCCUGGCGCUGGGCGCCUCCGCCCUGGCCAACCCGGUGCAUUUCAAGGACUGCGGUUCUCAGGUCGGAGUUGUAAAGGAAGUGAAUGUGAACCCAUGCAGCACCCAGCCCUGCCAGUUGCACAAAGGACAGUCUUACAGUGUCAAUGUCACCUUCACCAGUAAUACUCAGUCUCAAAGUAGCAAAGCUGUGGUGCAUGGCAUCGUGUUGGGUGUCCCCGUUCCUUUUCCCAUCCCUGAGCCUGAUGGUUGUAAGAGUGGAAUCAGCUGCCCCAUCCAAAAAGACAAGUCCUAUAACUACGUGAAUAAACUGCCAGUAAAGAGUGAAUACCCCUCUAUAAAACUGGUGGUGAAGUGGGAACUUCAGGAUGACAAAGGCCAAAGUCUCUUCUGCUGGGAAAUCCCAGUGCAGAUUGAAGGCUAGAGCUGUUUGCUGCAGUAUGUCCCUCUGGGGCUGGGAUGUUGCACCUGUAAGUCCGUCAUCUCCACGUGCCUCCUUGAGUUCAGUGCAUCUGGCCAACGGUCCUGCUGACUGGACAGCACCUCCAGCUCCCUGCUUCAGCCGUGGUGACGCCCUCCGGAGGUAUCCAGCGUUUCAGUCGAGGGGCGGUGUUCUGUGGCAGAAACUCAACUCUGGCUGCCUGGUUCGCUGUGGUUAUCUCAUGUCUCCUUUUCUGUCUUAGAUGGUUUUCAUUAAACUCAGCACUUGAUUAGCAGA